AUGGCGACUAGAAGCAUCGAUGACAUCGAGAGGUUUCUUGUUGGACCCGAAAGAAAGGCGUUUCACGUUAACGAGAAGCUUGUGGUUUCAUGCUCAGGAGUAUUCAAGAAGAUGCUCACGAAUGGCAUGCGCGAGUCACAAGAAGCGGUCGUCGAGUUAGACGAACUCGAGCCGCGGGUCUUUACAAGCUUCAUCAAGUAUACCAUAUAUGGAAACUACGAAGUACCCAUGGCACGAAAAAGCCAUGAGUCCGCGGCGGGUGCAAAAGAUAAAGAAAUUGCGGUUGUUCCCGAGGGCGACUACGAUUCCAUCUCAGAUCACGUCUCUAAGCAGGUUACCUUGUUAAUCAGCAAUCGCAAGUCGGCCCCUUACGUCCAGUACAUGGAGUCACUCGUGCAUCAGGGAUGCACAGGCAAGCUGUAUGGCAAGCCAUCUGCGCUUCCGGCCAACGAGAAGCCAGACUUGGAAGCAAAUUUCGACCUGAUGGUAGCCAAUCGACAGUUUGGGGAGAUUUGCGCCCAUCACGUCAAGGUGUACAUCUUCGCCGACAAGUACGAUGUCCGUGAGCUCAAGCAGCUCUGCCUCCACCGACUACACUGCUCCCUAGUGCGUGCGAAGUUGAGCGACGCUGGGUACCAGCUCCUCUUCGAUGCGGCUGCAUUUGCAUUCGAAAACACACUCCCCGGCGACAAGAUCCGGAAGCUGUUCGUCCAGACGUGCGUCGCAGACUUUAGCCUGGUCCGCGUUAUGCCUGGAUACAAGGAUCUGUGCUGCCAAGCGCCGGAGGUGGUGUACGAGAUCAUGAUGGAGCUUCCUAAGUACUGGGACACCCACAGAAACGCCCUCAUUGAUGUCGCUUCAAAGUUCGCAGCUGAGUGA